AUGUCGGCAUUGCAAGAUAGAAAAUAUCCUGCAGAUGGUGGAAGCGGAGGGAGACCGCAACUGCGGAGCGCACAGACGGAGGAUUUCAAUCACCAUCACACAGAAUCUCAUGGAGAUCUGUCUGUCGAAGAACAGGCCGCCGUUCUCCAGGCAAUGAAUCUUGAAACACCCCCGGGAAUAGAUCCGCCCCCGAGCUAUACCAGCUCUACCCAGCCUUCAAUCCCACAUUCGUCCGAACCACUAGCCCAUGUUGGGUCAGCAAAGGCGAAAUCGGUGUCACCACUGCAAGCGAAGUUGAAAACAGCAUUGCAGGAAGCCAAAUACCUUGCCGGAGGGCUCAUUGCCCAUCCGUACGAGUCUACGAAGCAUUACACGAUCCUACGACACUCACACGGUCUCGUCUACUACAGCGGGCCCUACACAAACUUGGCCAUCACGAUAUUCUCCGACCGUGAACUGCCGCCCGAUCGCACAUUGUGGCUACAGCGGAAGGGCUUCACCGGCAAGACGGGACUCAAAGUAGGCGCGCUUCUGGGCGCCAGAAGCACAUGGAUCGACGUGACGCCGACGAUCAAAGCCACACCAGACCAACUCGACCCCAAUGACGAGCGAGCGUGGCAAAGAGACAUCAAGAAGUUCCUCAAGCAUGCCCCCAAAGAGGUCCGGGGCCAUCGCGUGCGCGAAACCGACAUACUCCGAAUUCCAUGCGAUGCAGACGACGGGUAUCUACGAGUUGUGCUCUGCACUGGCGACGGCAAGAAAGUGCUUUGCGGAAGUCCGGUUUUCAGACUGGCCUCGUCGUCCACCGAUGUCAGCUCGAUCCGGGGUGCCUCGCUCAAGACGAUGCCUCUGGAGAUAGGCAUGAAGAUUGCCUCGGUCGUGGCCAACAACACCAUCACGGCCACUCUGAGCCCCGUCGCCGAUACCGCGCGCAGUUUCGUCACAGACCAAGUCACGCAGAUAUAUCAGCCCGGCACGAUCGCGCAGGAAGCAAUGACCACGGCCUAUGAUUCAGAGGUCCAGAGCAGGAUUGAUAAUUUGAAUGAACAGUAUGAUCAGGCUCGGGACGCAGCGUAUGACCCGGACUCCACUGCCAUCCGACAGGAUACAUACGAUGCAUUGGCCCGGCCAGAUAUCGUGGGAGAUGACUCUGGACCUGCUCCACCCUUCCCAGUACGAUUUCACGGCAAAGUGGUUCCAGGCACCGGGAAAAGCAGGGCGUUGUUGAACAUGCCUACUGCCAAUUUGACCGGCGUUCCUGACGAUAUUCUGUGGCGUUUCAAGGGUGUCUUUUUUGGAUGGGCCGCGGUGAAUCUGCCGAAAAAGGAACACCACAAGGACAAAAGUGCCAUCGUGGCCAGCCACGCCAGCAAUGACAAAGAAAACGACGGUGACAACACAAAAAAGUCCAUCUCUGCUGCACCUGUAUCUCCAUCUACGCAAUCUGAUCAUGACAAAUGGCACAAGGCCAUUAUAUUCAUCUCGCCAGAACCCCACUUGAAGAGAGCCGUGGUCCGCAAGAACACGGCGAGAGUUUAUAUCAUGCACGAUUUCAAAUCUACCUCACUGCUGGAUGCCAAAGUCUCGAUCCUGAUGAUGGGCUAUCUUCGUGCAAUACAAGAACCCCAACCGGGACAAGAUGUAGAGUCAGACAUUGACUCCCAGCUGUUUGAUUUGUACAAGGACAUUGCGGUCACGACGGCAAGUCUUGGUCGUCCGGCAUGGACGGCAGAAGCCACCUUGGACAGGAUGAAGUCGACGACGUCGAGUCGUUCGCUGACGGAGCGGUAUGUCGAUUUCAGACAGAAUACACAGAAGCAAAUCGAUCGCGUCCCCGUCCAUAAGUUGGGCUUCAGGACUGAAGGUGCUGCUCUGAAGGAUCGGCUGGUUGGCAAGGGCGGCGUUUGUGUCCCGCGACAACCGUUUGCAUAUGCAUCUACUGCUUGA